GAACCUUGGAACCCCUUCUUUCCUUUUCCUUUCCUUUUCUCUCUUUUAUAUUCUAGCGGUAACGCUACCACCGUCACUCCAUGGCAACCCCUAACUCUGGUGCGGGGUUACCCUAACUCCCGGUGAUCCUUAUAUAACCCUCCUCCUCCUCUUCCUCUACCAUUGCCAUCGUUCCCUCUUCUCUUCACUGUGCUCCUCCAUCGCUUGCUCUUCCUUCGCAAGUAGGAGUACAUCAGUAGGAGAGGGAGGGUGGUGGAUGAGAUUGGCGACCCGAGGGGGGAGAAGGAGAUGAGCUGCAACGGUUGCAGGGUGCUGCGCAAGGGAUGCAGCGAGGCGUGCGUGCUGCGGCCGUGCCUCCAGUGGAUCGAUACGGCCGAGGCGCAGGGCCACGCCACCGUCUUCGUCGCCAAGUUCUUCGGCCGCGCCGGCCUCAUGUCCUUCAUCUCCGCCGUCCCCGAUCACCAACGCCCCGCCCUGUUCCAGUCGCUGCUCUUCGAGGCGUGCGGGCGGACCAUCAACCCCGUUGGCGGCGCCGUCGGGCUGCUCUGGACCGGCAACUGGCACCUCUGCCAGGCCGCCGUCGACACCGUCCUCCGCGGCGGUGCCCUCCGGCCCCUUCCCUCCGUAAAAGACGGCUUCCCGCUGGCCGCGGAGGCGAAACGGUGCAAAGCGGUGCCCUCCCCUCUCCCCGACCGCGCGUGCGACCUGGACCUGUGCUUGUCCCCUCUGUACCCCGCGGGAUGGCAGAAGGCGCAGCGGCCCGCGACGCCAUCAAUGAACUCUGAGGGGUCGGUGACGACGACGACCAGCGGCGAGAGCUCCGCCGGAGUCGAGCCGAGGCUUCUCAACCUCUUCGUUUGAGCGGUUUCCUCUGGCGGUCACCCCGUCUACCGCCGACGGAAGUUUUGGCCCUCCGAUCGAAACCUUUUUGUUACUUUUUCUUUCUUUUUGUAAGGGUGACCGGCAUCGAUUCCCUGCGUGGGAAGGUGAGAGCGCCGGCGGCGGUGACCACAUCCGGGAUCGAAGUGUAUUAUCAAUCCCCAUCCAAUAAUUAUCUUCUAAUAUCCUC